AUUUCAUGAAACUAUAUUCACUUGACAAAAUACAACAGCCUAAACAACAAUGGCCAAGUUAUUCGUAGUCUUCGCUGCCCUCAUCGCUGUAGCCUACAGCUCAGUAGUACCAGUGAUUAAGAGCAACGAGUACUCCAGCUUCGCUUAUGACGUCGCCGACCCCAACACCGGAGACUACAAAAGCCAAGUUGAGAGCAACUUUGGUGGUGUUGUUAAGGGACAGUACUCCCUUGUCGACCCUGAUGGCACCCAGCGCGUCGUUGACUACACCGCUGAUGAUGUGAACGGUUUCAAUGCGGUUGUGCAGAAGAACCCUCUUGCCGUAGCUGCCCCCGCACCAGCCGUAGUUGCCGCUGCUCCUGCUGUUGUUGAAGCUAAGACCGUCUACUCCACCCCUGUAGUGACCAAGUCUUACGUCGCCCCUCAAUUUUACUCUGCUCCCACCGCUGUAGUAGCUAAAUCUUACGUCACCCCUCAAGUCUACGCUACUCCUUCAGUCUAUGCUGCUUCCGCCCCUGUUUAUGCUAAAUCUUACGUUACCCCUCAAGUUUACGCUACUCCCUCAUACUACUCAGGAGUAGUGCCCUCAGUGUACUCCUCUGGAGUCUACAACAACUACGGUUUUCCUUACUACCUGUAAAUGCUGUCUCGGCUAACGUUAAUACUAUGUUUGGCUUGUAUAUACAUGUAUUAUGUUAAAUAAAUCUAUUUCCUAAAAAAACAUUUAU